CUCGAUCUUAUGCAGCCCUGCACGUAUGACCCACAAUGACGUCUGUUCCAAAAUGCGCAGACUUCCCAGAGUAAGAAGAUAACAGGACGGAUGGCUCGCCGAUGUGAUGGAUUCCCCUUAAUCUCGCACGCGCGCUCAUGUUCAAAGGACGCCCGAAUCUGCUGCAGUGAAGGCUCUUUAGUUAUCCAAGACGGCCCGAACUCUGUCGACCUGGAUUUUCAUCACUAACAAUGGCGGCCGGACCGUGGCCCAGGGUCUUCGGGCAUGAGUUUCGCUAUUCCCACAAUCUCUGGGUCUUCCCCCUCGCAGCAGGCAUCUCCUGGUUCUCCACGCUGACCAUCCUCCUCGUCCGCUGGCUGGCCAUCGGGCAGCCCCGGUACCCAGGCCAGGUCAACCCCGAGAUCCCCUUCAUCAGCGACAUCGCGGCCUUCACCUUCCAGCCCGUGUUCAUCGCAGGCUGCGCCGUCACGGGAGUCACAUUCGCCGGCACCGUCUUCGCCGUCCACCACGUGCGGUACUCGCCCAGCUUCUACGGGCUGACCGACGACGCCGAGUGGAGGCAGAACACGAGCUUCGUGGCCUUCUUCAUGGGCAUGUUCGCGUCGGUGUGUCUCGUGUGCCUCAGCAUCUUCGAUACGUUUGAGAACAACGACGAGCACCGGUAUAUCCUCAUGUGCACGUUUGGCGGGCUCGGGAUGGCGGCUAUCCUGACGGCUGUUGUGUGGUGGGACGAAGCCUGGGCCAACACGGCGCGGUUCCCGGGCUUGCGGAAGUGGUGUGUGCUGAAUACGUUGCUGGUGGUAGCCCAGACGGCUCUUGGUGUCUGCUUCACCACGUUUUUAUGGAUGGGUCGCUUCCGCGAGGCUGGGUUCCUGGAAUGGUCGUUGUGCUAUGUGGGCUCCGUCUGGCUCGUGUCCUUUGUCGGAUAUGUCAGGUUUAGAGGGGACACUAGCGGUAACGGUAUCGUCGGCGAGCGCGAGCCUUUAUUAUAUGCCGCGGCUUGACUUUCUUCUGGGCGUUGCCAAAGGCGAAGACUGUUCCCCAUCUCACGAACUGGCGGAGGGGUGGCCAAAGAGGGCCUCAGUGAUAGAGAAUGUUCCGUGCCGUUGUAAUGUCAUCUUGAGUAUGACGGCAUCAGACCUCGCAGACCACUGAUGAUGGAUGAAACCAAACUGCCCUCGCCUUCAAACCCAGGCCGUGCGGCCUCGCGCCUAGGCACGAUCCUCCGUGGGAUGACAUCAAAGAGGAACUCCCCCGUCUCGUUGUCAUACGGCGCACGAUCCCAAUUAUGUAUCUCCGCGACAGAACCUUGCCCAUGAACAUAUCCAGUGAUAUCUUUCCGGAACGUCUUGGCAAUCUCCCAAGGGUCCAUGUCCUGCCUCUUAACCCGACCAGGCGGGGCGUGCCAGACCACAGCCCCCGGAGCGCAGUCCACAAGCAUGUACGGCAGGUCACCGGAAGGGACGUGAUCCCUCGGGACCCAGCCCUCCUCCGAAAACACCACGGAGACAGUCCGCAGCCCGCUCAGGGCUCCGAGGCAGUGGAUGAAGGUGAUCGCGCCGUCCAGACCGGACCCCAGCAUCCGGGCGUCCAGGGCCAGAUGACGCACGCUCGCGGGCGGUCGUCUCCAGGCGGCGAGAGAGUCUGAACAGAAGAAGGACGGCCAGUCCCGGCUCGAUAUGUAAAUGGCGUCCAGCUCCGGGUCGAAGUCCCGGUAUGGGUCCAAGCAGGCCCCUGCCCCGUCAACGUGGCGGAACUUGAGCUGCCUGCGGGCCAUGCGGCGGGACUCGCGGCACACAUGCAUCAGAGUGUUCCAGCUGAGGUCGAUGGUGAUGGAGGCUGGGUCGCCAUUGUUGGGGUCCUCUGUCCUGAAGAUGUGGACGCCUGGCUCUGGGGCCUCGUCCAGGCUGGCUUGCCACACCUCUCUCUGCAGCUCGAGCGGGAGACUGGCGAACUGUGGGAAUGACGUCAUUGACGUGGAUAUCCAAUGCUUGGUUUGAAAUAUUAUUAUGAGGAAUUAUCCGGAGAGGCCUGAAUGAGUACCUAGGUACUCCGUAGACAGGGACGUUGUGUUGGUC